ACGCGCAUGCGUAAGACUGAGCUGUCAUGGCAACGGCGGCGGCGUAACUGAAGCUAAGGAGAAUGGAGCAGCUGGUUAGCAUGCUGGUCAUGUUACUUAGGUAGUUAUACGAUAUUAACCAGCUAGUUAACAAACUCAGGUCGGUGCAUAAUGACAAUGGAGUGACCUCUCGCGGUGUUUUGUGAGUGUUGAGAGCGCCAUGACCGUCCGCUUCAAGUGUCAGAGUGAAUACCAGAGGAGCUACAGGGUUUCCCGGUCCAGAAGUGUGUCUCCUCAGCGCUGCGCUCCAUUGGCUGGCCUGCGCUCAGAUCAGAUGGGUGUCACCAGAGAACCAGGUCUGCAGCGCCGGAAGAAGCUCAGUCCUGGUGGUCUUGCUCAGUCCUGCAGCUCUCUGCUUUGUCCAGCCGAUCCACAGCACACCCUCGCUCAGCUGACUCCUCAUGCACACAGAACAGCACCCCCUGCUGCCUCUAGAAGUCACUCAGCCCACAGGAAGGAGCUAAAACCUCCAACACCUCCUGGAGCCAGUGUAGACCCUGGUUUUCCUGCAGAGCCUGAAACUCCAGCAGGACCACGACCUGCUGCAGACCCAGGACCUCCAGCAGGACCACGACCUGCUGCUGACCCAGGACCAUCAGUAGAACCAGGAGCUGCUGGAAAAUCUGUGAAGCCCCGCCCCUCCAAGACUGACAGCCAGCCACAGCUCAGUCCGCCUGUGACAGCAGCACCCGAUGGACAGCAGCCCUCGGCCAAUGAGGUUCAUCAUGCUCUGCGGUGGAGGGCAGGGCUAAGGUCAGGAGGUCAAAGGUCAGGAAGUCAAAGGUCAGAGUACCACAGACAGUUCAGCUGGAAGAAACCUGCAGCCACUGCUUCACCAAUACUGACUGCAGAUCAGUUACUCCACUCCAGCAGCAGGUCUGUGCCCCCCUUUAAGAAGAACCCUGUUUCCAUGGAAACGGAGUAUCGGCGGAGCUUCCUGGGUCAGGUCCCACCCACUGAGCCCCGCCUUCGGAAACAUCUGGAACAUCAGAGGAUCCCACUGUUCCACACACACAUGACCAACAGAAAGAGGAGGGAGGAGUCAGAAAAGAAGCCCCACCCCAAACAUGAUGUCCCCGCCUCCCCCACGCCCCCUUCUGCUCCUCCUCAGGUGCAGAGAGGACGCAGGAUGUUGACAGAGUAUGAGUCCAGCUUUCGUUCUCCUCUCUGCAGGAUCCCGGAGGAAGGCGGAGCUGUGGACGGCGACACCCCUCAGGUGAAGGAGCUGAGGCGGCAGGCCUCGUUGUACCGCCGUCGAGGCUGGGGCACGAACUUCUCCAGACACCAUCUGAGCCAGCUGCUGUCUGAACACAACCCUCUGUGGGAGCCAACAGACACCACAGACUCAGCUACAGACCCCCCCACCCCCCGCCUGACGUCUGAGCCCCGCCGUCAUCCAAACAGCCGCAGCGCUUCCUGUGUGGAGGCCCUGGACCUGGCCAGCCGCUCCAGUAACUCCAGUAACUCCAGUAACUCCAGUAACUCCAGUAACUCCAGCAGGAGGUCGUCUGUGGUGGGUUCAGGACAAACACACCAGAUGAACAAAACCUCACAGAUAAAAGCACGAACCCCUCAGAGUCCUCCUGCAGGACGCCGUCCGGCCUGGGCAGAAGAAGAAGAGCACACAGACGAAGAGGAGGAGGAGGAGGGAAGGUUACCAACUCCAAGGCUGAAGAUGCUUCCUGUUCAGAGAACUCACCAUGACCUCACCACACCUGCCACUGGAGGCGCUAUACUGGUGGGAAAACUGAAGCUCAGUGAUGAACCUUCUCCAUCCAAACAACAGAGGUCUGGGUCGGCCGUUUCCAUGGCAGCAGGGGCGGAGACCUCAGUCACUGUGCCUGUCAAACAGAAGGAGGCGUGGCCAGAUAAUAACUCCCACCAUUCCUCCUCUGGCUCCUCCCCCGACCACAAACCACCUGCCAGUCCUCCCUCUAAACCAAUCAGGACGAAGCGAACGCCUCAACCCCCAGUAGCCCCGCCCCCUCUGGUUCCAGCCCCCCACUGUAUUCAAGGCACUCUGAGACACCCCGACUUCCAGCACAACGGUGAGUUGGGUGUGAGGCUGAAGGAGCUGCAGUGUUCAGGUGGAGGCUGCGGCUCUGAUGAAGACAACCGGCUGUCAGUGAUGUCGUGGCGUUCAGCAGCUUCCUGCUCUGUGGCGUCCGCCGUGCUGGAGCGCGCUCAGAAGAGACGAGAGGACUUCUGGGGGAAGCGAUGACCUCUGACCCCAGCCAGGUCACGGUUGUCACUAUGGAAACCGGCGUGUUGUUUGCUUGAGUUUUAGUGGAUCAAUCAUUGUACAGUAAUUAGUGGGACUGAUGUAUUUUUUAUAGAUGUAAGAGAUUAAUUUUAAUAGAAAGAAUCGUUUAUUUUUAUAGUUGAAAGUCAGGUGAUGAUAAUUAUCUUUCCACUGCAGUUUGUUAAAGAUGUUUGUUUGUAGUAAUUAUGUGUUUUCUAAUUAUGUUGCUCACUGUGUGAUUGCUGAGAAUGAAGUCAUAAAAGUGACAUAAACACCAGCUCAUUUUUGAUUUUGAUGUCAUUACAGACACGACGUGAACAGACACACUUUAACUCUUCUCACCGCCGACGUCUGUUCAGAAAAAUGUGGUUUUUCAGAAGUUGAACCAUGAACUCUUUUUGUUUGUUUGUUUCUGCACCUCCAGCAGAAAUAUCAGAAAACGUUAACAGUGAACAUCAGGAGCCACACGAGUCCAGCUGUGCGCUUUAAUGAAGAGUCAGGAGUGCAGUGAUGAAACCAGUAUUAGUACAAGUAAAAGUGCUCAUUAUGCAGAUGACCUACUUCAUAAUAGUAUAUAUUUAAUUAAUGGUUAAUAAUCAAUGAUGCGUUCAUGUGUUCAUCACUUUCAUGUUGCAGCUGGUGAAGGUGGAGCUCAUCUUAAUGACUUCGUACACUGCUGGCUAGUUUGAGAAUUUCCC